UUCCAUGCAGAGCUUUCCACAACGCGUGGGUGAAAAGCAGAAGGAAGGUGCGAGGGGAGAGGAUGGGAACCGUAGCUGCCUAAACGGGAAUGAAGGCGCAAGACUGUCCAGAUGAGGUGUGAGACAUUUGCGCACACCAGAAGUAGCGACUUGCAGUGAGGGCAUUUGAAGAAGAGUCUGAGGAGUCGGAUCUUGGCUUAGGAAGACAACUUUCCCUCAGAAGUGUAGUAUAUUCACAAAUCAGCAGAGAUGAGGCUGAACUUUACCACGAACUGGAUAUUCUGGGGCUGGAUAGCGUGUGUCCUUGUCACUUUUUACGCACAGAACGCGGCCUCCAAAGCCAUCCAGUGUGGUGACAAGCAGUACCUCAGGGGCCAAAGAUGCUGCGACAAGUGUCAGCCAGGGCUCCGCGUGUACGCCGACUGCACCCACUCCGAAAAGACCAAAUGCGUCAAAUGCAAUUCUAACGAGUACCAGCCCACCUGGACGGAGCGGAGGGAAUGUUCCCCGCAGAAGACCUGUGAUAAAGGCAGGGGCUUCAUGGACGCCGUCGAGAACCCUCUGGCAGAGGAGCAGUGCCGCUGCCGUGCCGGCCUCCAGUGUCACCCCAUUAACUGUGAGUUCUGUGAGAAGAUACCCACGUGCAACCCCGGAUAUGGACUGGAAGCGGACCCUGACUCAACAAAUGGAAGAAAGAUAUGUGUCGCAUGUAAGAAAGGCUUCUUCGCUGAUAAAAAUGAUGAAGAGUGCAAGCAGUGGACCAAUUGUAAGGCUGAAGGCAGGAUCGAGACAAAGCCAGGCAGUGCAGAGUCUGAUGCAGAGUGUGGACCUCUAGUCUCUGGUGCAGCCUCGUCCUGGGUUGUAGUUUCAGUGCUGUCAGUCAUUACUGUUCUGUGUCUCCUCAUUCUGCUCCUCUUCUGCUACAAGGACAAACUUAAAUUGCUCUCAGUAAAUCUACGAUCAUGUGUCCAGAAUCUGAAGAGGACCAGAAUACAACAGGAGACCCUGGCUCCUCUUUACAACAGUGGAGCAGGAGGAGGCCCUGGAGGCCCCAGAUGUACACCGUGCGAGGUGACCAAACUCAUCUGCCAAGCGCCCCACACACCUGCUGACGACCUGCCAUGCACCUUCCCCUCCUCUGUCCCUGACGUCAGAGCCGCUCUGCCCUUCACGGGGCAAGCGACGGAGAAGGAGGUGGCCAAGGAGAAGAUAGGGCUGGAGGACCAGAGUGAAGGCUCUGGAGAACCAGAGGAGGUGUCGGAAGAGGAAGAGAUUGUGAGUGUGCCUCCGCUUUCGGUGGGUUCUUGUGUGUGUGUCAUUCCCAUCCGUGAGCCGCUGGAAGUAGGAGAGAAUGAGGACUGUAGCCAGGCUGUCAGUCCCGGGACGCCGGGGACCUGCUCCUGCGGAGGUCUGGAUGGAGACGAAAGUGACAGUAAUAGAGGCGGAAAGAGGGGCGGAAGUCGGGAAAAGCUGGUUUCACCCACGAGCGAGGCGGGUGUUGCGCCCCUCGUCUCUCUUUCUCCUCCUCUCCUCCACUCCUCCAUAUGCGGCCCUCACACUGAACUCUGCCUGCCGCUGUCCCAGGCUCAGGUGAGGCCGGAAUUUAAAUCUCACCUGACAGACAGACCGGCGAUAAAACAGGAGGCCUUACACAGACUGGUGAGCACAGACUCCCCCUCAGCGGAAAAUAGCCCGGCCUCCCCGAUGACCUUGGUCAGCCCCAUGACGGCCUCCUCGUCCGUCGGGGACCUCUACCUGGACAAGCCACCCGGGGCCUGCGGCCUCGAGCAGAGCCAGGGAAUUUCCUGGCGGGAUAACAGGGAGAACAAGUUCUCUUCAGGGGAGUCAGAACUGGAGUGUUCACCAGAAAGUCUCCAUAGUCAGCUGGCUGAACCAACUCUCACCUCAGGUCAGGUGUCCGGGAACAACAACACCACCUUCAUCUCCAGCGGUCAGGUGAUGAACUUCAGUGGCGAAGUCAUCGUCGUCUACGUCAGCCAGACGUCCAGCGGCAGCGACUGCGCGGGCCAGGCCGACGCCUUCGGGAGCCCCGUGCAGGAAGAGGCCAGCGAGACCGCUCAGUUUUUCCAGAGCGGCCACAGAUCUCAAGGGGACUUCGUUUCCCACGGCACCUUGCAGGACGAGACGCUGCCAGUCCAGGAAGCGAUGGAGGAGCGGGCGCUGGGAAAGUGACGACUUUUAUGUCGGCGCGCGGAUCGUCUCCACAACCCAGCCGUCAGUUAGACCGGGUUUAAUUGACCUGUUAUAGCUUCUGUUAGCUACAAAUGAAAUUACAAUAUUAUUUGAAAAAAAAAAGAAAAAAAAACCUGAUCAGCUGAUCACCCAGAGUACUGACAGAUAUAAAAUGUAGUCCUCCUUUCAGAUGUUUGUCACUGAAUCCUGCCUAGGCCUUUAUUUCCAGCAGAAAGCUGCAAUAUUUUUCAAAUGGAAACUUCCUCCACUCCAGACAGAGAUGGGGAAGUUUGCUGAGAACUGAAUGUGGAACCAGAGUUCAGACUGGAAAACCAUAAUGCUUUUAUUGUUGUAUGGAAACUACAGCUGGAUCCGGAGACAAAGAAGUUACUAGAUGUAUCAUUUCCCACCUUUUAUCAUUAAAGUGCCUUCUCUAAGUUUGACAUUUGGAUGGAUUUAAGACUUUCCUUACGUAACAAAUUAUCCACCAUGUGGAAAUCAUUUCGAAUAUUUUCAUAGCAGAAGACUCAAUUUACUCGCUACAAUAAGAUCUGGCAGGACGGAAACCAAAUUUGUAAAGGCAAUUUUUUAAACAUUUCACGAGUGAAUUACUAUAUUUCUGGUGUGCAGGAUCAAGUAGAAUCCAUCUUUACAGUAACGACACAUCCAGUUUUGGUACGAUGCUUGUUUAGCCUGUAUGUAGUUCUUUCUCUCCUUAUUGCACCACAAGUGCAGUGUGUGUCUACGAAGAAAAAUGCUAUGCAUUUGAUAAGCUAUUUUUAUUACUGGUUUGUUUUGUUUCAUUAUAUUUUAAUGUGCAAGCCUUAAUGAAGAAAACGUCUGUAAUUUUUUUAAAAAUAAUUCUACAAGGUAAUUUGUACGUGUUUUUCAGAAGUUUCACGUGUGAUCAGUGUUUGUAUAUAUUUCAAAGGAGCAUGAUGUAAACAAAUAUUCUCUCAUUUGACUUGGGGGGGAGGGGGGUUUAAAAUCCAGCACGCGGCGUCGUAGAAAGUCGUCCACAAUUCCAGCCUCACCAUAUGUAUGCAGCUUUACGGAGAUUCUGUACAUAUCAAUCAAACCGACUGCAAUGAAUAAGUGAAAGAAUAUUUUGAUUGAAAUUAAAUAUGUUUUGCAUCUAA